GCAUUGUCGCUCUCAUCUUCAGGUUUGGAUAUUUUGUUCUUAGCCCUCUCCUUUCGCCUGGCGUCGAGUCCUGCCUUCAAUGCCAGCGAAGCAGGUGUACGACCAUCAGGAUAUGGAUCUCCUGGUGGCAUCGUAGUUUCUCUAGGAUCGGGAGAUGUCGAGUCAUUAACUGGUUGGACGGGCUCGGGCUCGAUGGAGUCUUCUGGUACGUUGGGUGUGUCAGACGAAGAAAGAGCCAUGAUUAAUGAUAGACAGUCUUCAAUUGUAGCUGUCGGAUUGAUUUACUUUUUCUCAUCAGAAUGUCG